AUGGGUAACAAAAUUUCCACGGAGGAUCACAUCUUUCGAUUAAAAUUAAAAACGAAGGAAUUAGAAAAAUUAUCAAACAGGUCAGAACUAGAAGAGAAAAAACUCGUAACCGAUGUCAAGAAAGCUAUACAGGCAGGGAAGAUCGACAUAGCAAGGAUCUAUGCGGAAAAAUGCAUUAGAAAAAAAAACGAGAAAAUUAACUAUCUCAAUUUGAGUAACAAAUUGGAUGUCCUUGUGUCGAGGCUCGAGGGGGCCCACAGAUGCGCAUCGCUAGUUAAAGAUGUAAGCAUGAUGAUCCCGCUGAUACAGAAGAUAAACGCGGAGACCAAUGCCGUUAAAAUCGGGAAUGACGUGAUGAAGCUGGAAAACAUCUUUGACGAAAUUAGCAUUAGCUCGGAUCUCAUAAGCGACACCGUUCAAACAUCCUCUGCGAUCAGCGCCCCCACGGAGGAGGUUGACGAAUUGAUCUCGAAAAUAGCAGAUGAGCAUGCCAUAAAGCUAGACGGACAGCUGGGACCCGUAAAUUCGAUUAAUAAGCAUUUGGAAGAAAUUUCUAACAUGAGCGAACGGAUAAAAAAUUUAAAAUGA